CUUACUCAAUCAAAUCAACAUUCUUUAUUGUAUUUUAUAUUUGAGUCUCAGCUUCUGUCUGCUCGUGUGUGUUCGUACAGUGACCCUAUAAUUUAUUGUCAUUUUAAUUUAUGGGGGGUCACUACAAAUAAAAUGAAGCCAGCUUGAUGCAUGCUGCUGUUGACAACUAUUUGUGCAGAAAUUAUUAAUUUACAACAUAAAUAUGGGCAUACUAUGGAUGGUUUGCAGAACGCUGAGCACGUGAUCACAAACCAUGCGCGUUUUGUCCGUAUCACGUUUCCGUUGAUACAAUUUGCCGAACACGGAAGAAGACGUAUAGCCAGUUCUGCUAGAAAUGCUACGGGUAGACAGGUGGCUUUGACUCUUACGGUUUCAUACGUUUUAUUUAGCCGCAUGAGGCGAGAUAAGGAGUACCACGUUCGGAUUAAUGGCUAACAUUGUAAGGCCUACUCUUUGUAAUCCGCAGGGGCUGAUGACAGAGAGGUCGCUGAGAUGCUGGCACGUCACUGCGCACCUUGAAGUUUGAGGUACGAGAAGCAGCAUCCGUGUUGCUGCCACCAUGGGCCUCCGGCUGCACUUUGUGGUGGACCCAAUGGGCUGGUUCUGCAUCAGCAUGGUCCUCUUCGUCUGGCUCUACAACUCCUUCUUCAUUCCUCAGCUGGUGCUGCUGCCACACUUUCAGGAGGGACACAUCCCUGGGGCUGUGGUUGUCUUGUACUACCUGGCCUCGCUGCUCUGCGUCACGGCGCUGUUCAGGGCUUCCACUGCCGACCCAGGCCGGCUUCCCCAGAACCCCCACAUCCCACACUCCGAACGCGAGCAGUGGGAGCUCUGCAAUAAGUGUAACCUGAUGAGGCCUAAGAGAUCCCACCACUGCAGCCGCUGUGGCCACUGUGUACGGAAGAUGGACCACCACUGCCCCUGGAUCAAUAACUGUGUUGGGGAGGAUAACCACUGGCUCUUCCUGCAGCUGUGCUUCUACACCCAGGUGCUGAGCCUCUUCACUCUGGCCAUGGACUUCUGUCAGUACUACUACUUCCCCUCCCUCACCCAGACCGACACGGAGCAGUUUGUGUGGCGCCAUGAGUUGGCCCUGCUGCGUGUCUCCACCUUCAUGGGGCUGUUCAUGUUCGGGGGCAUGGGCAGCCUGUUCUACACGCAGAUCGCCGGCAUCCUCACCGACACUACCACCAUCGAGAAAAUGUCUCACUUCCUGGAAGAAAUAAACCAGCCCAGGAAGCCGUGGCACCAGACGUUUGCGGAGGUUUUUGGCACGCGCUGGAAGAUCCUGUGGUUCCUCCCUUUCAGGCGGAGGCAGGCCCUGCACGGCUCCCAGCUCCUCCCCGGCCGCGUGUAGACGGACAGAUGGACGCUCGCCGGCGGGGCGGGGCGGGGCGGGGCGGGGCGCCUCCGUCGCGGGGGCUCCUGGAGCCUCUCUCUCUCGCGCGCCCGCGCCUGCCACCGUGCCCGUGCGCCACCCUUCACCAAACUCCCCAGCCCCACCCCCCCCCCCCCGCUACCCUCCUCCCGCUGUCUGCCCCAACGUUGUGUGCUUUUAGAACGAUGCCCUCAUCUAAAGUAAGCCGAGUAGGUGUCCCGCCAGGCUGGAGACGGCUCGCCCCAGAAACGAGAUUCGGACAGGGUACGGGACGCACACGCUGCGCUGGUUGAGGGCCUGUGACGGCGUGUCGCAUUUUAAACGCGUUUGAAAUGUUCUUCUCUCCGUAUUGUUUUACGGGCCGCGAUGGCGUGUUGCGUUUUUAAUUCCCCCCGCCCCCCCCCCCCCCUCUCCCAGCCACUGCAGUGUCUUCUGAGUUUCUUUUGGUGUGUCGCAUUUUUAAAUUGUCCCCCUGCCCAUCCCCAGUGUCAUAGAAUUUACGGAUUCAAAGGGAGCUCUGCGUCUCUCAGUCUGUUUGUGUUUCCAGGGCAACCCUGAUUUGUUUAGAUCUCAGCAGGGCAUUCCCCCCCCCCUCCCCCAGGUUGUACCAUGUGACCUGAAGGGGCCGGCGGGGGCAGCGGUAGCGGCCGUCAGCACGGACAGCCCCCUUUGUCUGCCUCUCCAGGCAGCUGAUUGACAGCUCUGAAGUUCAGCCGUGACCCUUGACAAGCACGGGGAGCUUUCACCAAAUGCAGCGCUUUUCCAAACUCCCUCUCCAUCUUCCUCCCUGUGCCCCUCCAUCUCUCCCUCCCUCCCCCACUCAAGCACGUCCCUCACAUCUCUCCCCUGUAUGACAUCAGCACUUCCUGCCAAACCCUCGUUCUGACAUCACACUUCACACUUAUGCAUUUUAAAGGCGCAGUAUGCAAGUUUUCCCCUAGUGGCAAAGAAUGACAGUUGCAUCAACAGUUAAAUGAAAGUCUAAAUUCUGACAUAACUGACGUGAGAGUGAAUGAUAAACUCACUGCUUGUAUCUUCCUGAAGUUGCCAAGAAGGACAGAUGCACAUAGAUUUCUUAAAAUAUCAAUAUCAGUUGCUUUGCAAUUCAGCAGUAAAAUAAUAUUUUUACCUCCGGGUAACAUAUUAGACAGAAUUUUUAUCUGUCAAAAUUAUAUUUUCACAGGCCGUCUGGGUAGUGUAGAGGUCUAAGCACUCGCCUACCACUGCAGAGACCCGGGUUCAAUCCCCGGCAGCGGUACUUCCGGCUUGGUCAGACGUUCCUACGAACACAAUUGUGGUAUGAGUCCUGAUCGUUGCAUUAGCGACUCCUACAGGUUGGUCGGGGCUCCUGUUCAGCAGGGAGGGGAUCUGGGGGAGAUAGCGUGAACCUCUGCGCGCGUUACGCUCUCCCAGUGAUACUCUUCGCUGUCAGGUGAAAAGAAGCAGCUGGCGACUCCACAUGUAUCAGAGGAGGCAUGUGGUAGUCUGCACCCUCCCCAGACCGACAGAGGAUAGCGCAUCGACCAGGACCAUGAUACACACGGGGGAAUUGGUAUAACGACUAAAUUGGGGAGAAAAUGGGAGAAAAAUGGCAGGAAAAAAAUUUAUAAAAAUUUCUAUUUUUACCUGACCAAUUAGCCUAUUGCCUAUUGUUUUCUAACUAUUGCUUACCAUCUCCAUGACAGUACAUGAGAUGUAAAUGACAUGUCUUGGUAUUGGGUGGAUGGGUGGAUUUGCCAAUUAGAAUGCUAGCGCAAUAUUUAGCACUUUAGCAAAACAUCUUUCAUAAAAAAGGAAGACAUUUGCAAUGUAGCAUGACCAAAGGGACAGUCUACAUAGCUGCUAAUGCAAUCAAUAUAAUCUUGUAACUAAAUACUUUAUUUUGGUAAUCUAGAUUUACAAUGUUAAACAUUGCUAGCCAUGAAAAUGCGAUUUUUUUGCUCUUAGGGUAAGGUAUUUAUUGUAUAACACUAUGAAUGUAUGAUAGACCAUGCCGUUUAAAAAUGUUUUAAAUGUUUGUGCAUAUAUCAAUGCUUGUAAGUUUUGGUUUAUUAUUAUGAGAUUUCACUUCACUAAUGAGAAGUUGCAAUCGGACAUUAUAUAAGACUUGAACCAAAGUUCAUGUGUAAACGUAGUUUCUGAGACCAUUAUAUUAUCUUUUCAAUCCAGGUUUGCAGCUAAAUUUGCCAAGUAACUAAAUUAGGUAGCUCGAUAAGUUUGCCAAGUAAAUAAAUUAUCUAGCUCGUUAACUUGGAUGUCUAACUGGGUUGGUAGCUAAAUAAUAUAUACAUAGGUAGCUACCUCUUUUUCUUUUGCUCUGACACUGAGGUUCUGGCACGGUGGCUCUAUUGGAACAGGUGGCUUGUUCUGUCAUCUUUUGUGAUUAUGCUGAUCUUGAGCGCUCGCACAAUUCAAGAGGCCGCAAGCACACCUCGGAAUUUAAAAUGUAAAUUAGGCGGACGUAUGCCUGAUGCUGAAUUUUUCACCACGUAGUGUCAUUACUUGUUACCUACAGAUUCACCAUUGCCAUUGAGCUAUAUGUCAUUGGGGAAAAGUUGCAUACUGCACCUUUAACUAAAAUCAUUUUAACUAAAAACACAUUUAGGUGAUUUAAGAAUUUUACGUAUUUUCAGUGUCACAUUUUUUUAUAAUAGGCCUAUGCUUUUAAAAUUUUUAAAUGUAUAAUUCAGGUUCAUGGACAGGGUGUCAAAUUCACCUUUAUGGCCCUUAAAAUAAUUCAGGCCAAGGAAUUAUGUGUUUUUGAGGUAUUUGAGGUAUUUUGUUUAAUUACUUGAGGUAUUUUUUGUAAUAUUUUUUAUUAUUAUUUUAUAUGUUUACACUAGAAUUUGUGGUAUGGUCUGAGAGAAUCACAUCCCCCAGGCAGAUGACGUGUUUAUCUCAUUUUACUGUUUACUGCUGAACAUUGAAUGUACUGUAUGUUGAGAACUGGGUGCAAAUUGUAUGGAGAAUCAGGUGUACAUUGCUGUCUUCUCAGCCUGGCCCUGUGGUUCACAGCAGAUGGUGGAUUUGUAGAAAGCAGCCCUUAAUCAGUAGGAAAUCACUGACUAUUGGCUAUACAGAUCAAGCUAAAAGGCUUAUGUGUAUCAUUUAGAAGCUUGUGAUGUUGACGUGCAUAGUCUCUGCCAUGGCUGUGGCUGGGUAGCAGUGUCUCAACAGGGUUCAGCAACACUUGGUUUUAAUUUUUCAAACAUUUUCUUUCAAAGGAAAAAAAAAACUGACUAUACUUUAUUGUUCAUUGUUUAAAUUAAUAUCUUUCCCUUGUAACUCUCAGGAUUGUUGAUUGGCAAGGCAUUCUGUAACUCGGACUGCUGCUUUGGUGAAUCUCCUCAUUAAUGCCGUCUAGUAGUGAAGCGGAGGUGCUGUUGUCACUUUAGGGGAGCCAGUUACUCAGUCACUCAGAGAGGGAGAGAGGGACGGUGUUCUUUAUAGGUCUGAUCUCCUCUGUCACAUGCAGACACGAAGCAAUUUGAAAAGAGAAACAUAUGCUUAAGUUGUUAGGAGCAGCCUUUUAAAACGUGCUUUCAUGGUCAGUUCGAAAGGUGUUUCCCCUUCCUGACUGGUAAUCUGAUUUCACCAAUGAGAUGUAUGCUACCGAUACAAGCCCUAAAGCAUCACAUGAAAGACGCACAAAACCAUUCAAGUUCACGCCUACCUGCUUAGUUUUUUUUAAAAUUGUCAUUCAAUGCUGAUCAUAAUCACUAAGUAGUCUAAAGUGCCUCUUUAGAAUCUGUAGUUGCUGCAUGUCAAAACCGUCAGCCACUCAAACCAAAGACCACGUUGCAGUACUUGGGCAGAGUCGGUGUAUCGGACUACGGCGGGUGUGGUUCAACAAGCACUUCAGAUUGCUAACCUGAUUCUGCAUCAAUUCUACAUUCACAUGCCCUGAAAAAGUAUUACGUAACGUCCUCAUAAUGCCAGUGUGUGUUUACACAGCAGUAAGAGACCACGGCAGCAUUGCGGGGACGUUGUGUGUAGAGGCGUAUCUGUCUGGAUGCGUCUGUGGCGGGGGGCCCGCUGGGCACUGGACUGCCACUGCAGUACUGCACCCUGUGAGAUUUUAUACUGUAAAUUUAAGAUUCUGUGUUGUGUCUUCCCUGAGGUGUCAGGUGUUUGAGCUUUCCAAAAAGCUAAAACACCAAUACCGCUUACAUUGGCGAAAUCCUCCUUUUCCUGAUGCACUUUGAUAAAGAGGGUGGAACAAUGGCAUUUACAACAAACCGGUUCCACUGUCUCAUCUAAAUUGAACUAGCACUCCAGCUGUCUGCGUGGUAGCACAAUGGAAGCUAUCAGUAGACGCAGAGUACCUUUUUUGGUAUUUUCAGAGAUGAGUAUUGGCUGGAUUAUUUGUUGUGGACAUUUAAAAUAUUCCAAUAAUGUCAAUUCUGAAAGCAUCUAAUUUGCAAUUAGCUGGGACAUAGUUAUAUGUAUAGAAUGCACUGUAAAAUCAUCACUUUCUGCUCUUUAUAUAUGGAUGAUUACGACAGUUAUAAACUGAUUUUGUUCAAUGUUUACAUCUACACAUAUUUAAGCUUUGUCUAUUAGCAUUUAUUAAAUGUACAGGUUAUGUAACAGCAGCGUUUGCCUAAAUCUCUCAUUUCAAAGUCCUUCACCCUAUGGCUGUGUUCCUGUGCUUUUUAUGAUUGAUAUAUAUAUGGUAAACAGCUUGUAGUGGUCUUACUGCUGUGUUCUUCUUGUGGGAUAGCGAUUUACCUGUAACACUACCUAUAUGAUUAUAUUAAUUGUGAAGAGAUUUGAAGGCUUUCUGAACCACGUAGGGUUGUGCUGAAAUGCUUUGUUUUUGAACCGAGACAUCUGCAAUCAUGAGGCUCAUCAUUGUCAUAAUAGCUGCUAAUUGUUAGCCAGUUGGCUCGUGUCAUCGGCAGGUCUGGAGAAGGAACAGGAAGUAGCCUGUCCCUGUCCCUGUUCCUCAGAAAGUUUAGGUCCUUUUGCAGGUUGCAGUAUUGUGAGCGAUCGCUACGUGUGUAAACCUGUGGGCAGAUGAAUUUAUCCUUCCAUAAAAAAAUAUAUUAUUGAAAAGAGUAAGGGUAUAUUAUUGGGGUUCACGCUUGUGCGUGUCCAUUGUAAAGCAAUAAAGGUGGUGGCCGUCGGCAACACUUAUGCAUACAGCCUGGCGAGGUCCAUCAAAGUGCAUUUUGCAGCAUCUUUGGGUGUUAAAAAACAGGAAUUAUUGCUUCACUGACAUGUACAGCAACCCAACUUGGCAAGUCAUAUAUUCUCGGUAUAUCCAAAGAGUAAAUCCAUGAAUCAGUUUUGAGCAUCAAAGCGAGCUCUCAGUGCGUUUGUUUUUGUUCUCAUAAGCAAGCGGGGGAUUCAUGGAUUCACUCUGAUGGACGGUGUCUGUAUUUGAAAGACUUCAGGUUGCUUUCACUGAGAUGAACUAGAUGCCACUGUGUGUUGUUACUCAUCGUCUGUGCAUAGAAUGAAGAACUGUUUGCUAUGUAAAUUCUGUUUUAAUCACAUUUUGUACAGGUUUUGCCUUUUUUUCUAUUUUUAUGUUUGCAAGGGAUUUCCGUUUAAAUUAUUUAAUUUACAUUGUGAUUCUGGGAUUAUAUAUUCAAUACUAAUUUAUUAUGCUUUUAUUUUUCAAAUAAAUAGUUUGGUAGCA